GAGAUGGGAUCUGGAGUCCUGAUCUUGCCAGCUACUAAUGUCAACGAUGAUGCCUCUUAAAUAAAUGAAGCCAGUGCGGCGAUUCUCUCUCUCUCUCUCUCUCUCUCCCUCCCUCCCUUCCUCCCUGCCUUGUAUCGACUAUCGACCCAAUCUUCCAUUUCCACCUAACCAUCAUCUUCUCCGGGAACAAAAUCUGUCUCUCUCUCCUUCCCUCACUCGGAUGACAGAGAUCACUCACCUGAGCUCACACCUCAUCGAGCUCAUCCUCUCCUUUCUUCCUAUCCCCUCUCUUAUUCGCGCCUCCACUGUCUGCAAGCUCUGGUACUCCAUUAUCUCCUCCCCCACCUUCUCUUCCAUUACCCACCCUCGCUCCCCCCAUAACCAACCCUGGUUCUUCCUCUACGGCUUCCACAACAUCUCCUCCAAGAACAAUCAGUCCUUUGCCUUCGACCCCGUCUCCUAUCGUUGGCUUCGCCUUCCCACCUUCUCCGCCCUCCAGCCCCAACAGCAAUCCAUCACUUCCUUCAUCGGAACUAAUGGCUUUUUCUUCACUACUGCUCCCAAAUUCUGUUACGCUCGAACCCUUAAUCCUCUCUGGCGUGCCACUCCUCCGCUCCAUUUUCCCCGGACUAACCCUCUUUUGGGUGUUUUCACUGAUGGCAGUGAUUCCUCCCCUAAGUUUAUUGUUGUCGGUGGCGUGAAGUUUAUCGGGAAUUUGGUUGACAUUGAGGAGCGAUUAGAUUUGGAAAUUUACGAUCCUCGUUCGGACUCUUGGGAGCUUGGUCCUCCUUUGCCGGCGGAUUUUAGAUCUGGCAAUUCGUCGUCGUCGUUGUCGUCGGCGUUGUUUGGAGGGAGAUUUUACGUGCUUGGGAUAUCUUCGUGCUUUAUUUCCUCAUUUGAUUUGCGUGAACGUGUUUGGAGUGAGGUUCAGACGCUGAGGCCUCCUGAGGUUGUUUUCUCGUUCUUAAUUGCGUGCAGGGAAGUGCUUGUUUUGGCUGGUAUUCGUAACGCACCUCUUGGACCGUCCUUUAAUUUGUGGAAGGUCGAUACAAAGACGAUGGAGUUAAGUGAGAUUUCAGUGAUGCCCCAUAGUUUACUUUACAGCUUGUUUGAUAGUGAUGAGGACGACAACUUUGCAAGCCUGAAAUGCGUGGGGUUGGGGGAUUUUAUAUAUGUUUUCAAUGAAGAUUAUCACAGGGUAUAUCCAGCUUGUCUUUGUGAGAUUGAUAGCAAGUCUGGCAGGUGCAAUUGGAGAGGAGUGCCCCCUUUGCCAUUGCCUGUGAACAAGUUUCACAAGGUCACUAGCUUUUGUUCAACUGUUUCACUGCAUAGUAUUCUGGGUGAACGAGGACAUCCUGCCCUUCUGCAGUCGGCCUGACUGUUCAUUCCUCUACCACGGAUCCAUC